UUAGAUGUUCUGUGGUGCACUGCCCCUUCCUUAGCUCUAUGAUCUGCUUGUAUUCUGGCGAAAUAUUCAAGUUUGGUGUAAUGUGGUGACCAGUCAACUAACUACAGAUUUAUACACUGUAUUACGCAGUUCUCCAGCAAAUUCUUCUCUUUAUGUAUACAUACACAUUUGUUGGAGCAAAACGGAAGAAAUAGAUUCCCCUCAACAAUGUUAAGGAUGCUUUUGUUGUUCCUUCUGUUGUUUCAUGUGGAGUAGCUAGCCCGGGAUAGGGUUCAAAGCAGCCUGGCACUAAUAUGCAGGGUUAGAAACAGUCUGAGAGGCAGAAAACCUGGGUUGAACAGAACAAGAGCUGCUUCCCAGAUUGUUCAGGAUGCUAGCUACUCGACGUGAAACAACAAAAGGAUGAAGACGUACUAAUCUGCUGCUGCUGCUGCUGUAAUUAUCACUGUAAUUAUCCUUACACGGACUAUGCGGACACGUCUGCCUGUAUCCCUACAGGUUGUUCAACUAUCGCUGUCUCCAUUAUCAGCUUAACAUCUCACUCCUGUAGGAAACAAUCAUCAGUGCUGAACUGAGUGAUGAGUUGAUCUUCUGCUGAUUUGUUCAACACCUGCAGGUCAAUCCUAGAUAGUGUUAUCUUAAGUAAACAGCCAUCCAUAAAAAAAGGAGGGAGCACCUAAGAAAUAAUUUAGAGGCCAACAACCUGCUGGUGUAGGGGCCCUGCUGGAGAUGCUCCAAGAAAACAAAUGACCAAUCCUUCCAUGCAACGCCAUAUUAUAUGCUAGUGUAAUGCUACCAAUAGACACAACCUCUGUUAAAAAUGUAACCGAUUCAUCAACCAUAAAAUAGACACAACUUGCCUCACCCGUUGACCUCCUAGCCGAGCUCCUCAGCCUUACUUGGCAGUCCCAUCUACAUCUGGACCAGCUAAUCUCUGAUCUCCUUUCUUGGUGUGGUAUCUCUGGCGACUCCAUUCUUCAGUGCGGCUGAACAACAAGUGGUUAUUGAUUUCUGUCAAGACUUGAGAUCGAGCCAGCUUGCAUUUGGUUGCGGAAAUAUUACUUGCCUGCAGAUCGACCGAACCACUACAGCUCUUGUUUACCUGGCAUCGCAGCAGCCUUACUUGGUCAUCCCCUGCUCAUCUGGACGAACUAGUCUUGAUCUCUUUUCUUCGUGUGGUAUUCCGGUGACUGCAUUAUUUAUUGCGGUUGAACAAGAAGUGGCUGUUGAUUUCUGUCAAGGGAACUUGAUCUGUGGUGCGCCACUCUCCUGUCUUGCAGAUUGUCCGAGCCAACUACACUUCUUAUUUGCCUCGCAUCGCAGCAGGUAAAUCUUUUGAGCUAGUUUGGUUGUCUCAGGGUACGAUGGCAUGGUUCACCAAUGGUAAGAAGUUUAAUUGUCACCUCUCUUAGCGAUGGGCUAGCCGGCUGUGGGCAUCCAGGAGCUGGUGGCCUGUCGAGUGGGUGUACCAGAACAAAUUCACCUGCUCGUCCUUGGUAAACAGAGUUAACUUUUGAAAGAUGUGAAUGCUACAAAAUAGAUGGAACAGAUCCAGAUGUUUUAAAUCUGAAUGAACGUGCAGCACAAACCAAAGAUCGGGCGACUGUGAUGGAGGCUGUAGUGAGCGCCUCCCAUGGCGCCGUGCAGAUUCUGUUGAGGAAGCUUGGCAACAUCCUCGCCACCAAAUACACGCUUCUCCAUGGCAUUCGUGGGGAGAUCCAGGAGCUCAAGGAUGAGCUUGAGAGCAUGACCGCGUGUCUCCGCGACCUCGCAGACAAUGAUGAUCACAACGAACAAACUAUGACUUGGAUGAAACAAGUGAGGGAGGUCGCGUUUGAUGUGGAGGACUGUAUGGACAGGUUCUGCCAUCACCUCAGCAGGAACCAUGGAGACCGUCAUGGACUCCUGGAAUACCUCCAUAGGAUGUUCAACAUGGUGCGAACAUUGAGGGUGCGGCACAAGGUGGCCACCGAUAUCCAGUGCCUCAAGUCUCGUGCCCAGAAAGUGAGUGACCGGAAGCUCAGGUACACGUACAGUCUAGACGACUCGGCUGGGCGGUCGGGCAAAGCACUUGGCACUUCGUACAGCCACCUCGGCAGUUUGGACCGCUGGCUGCCAGCAAUCCAUGGUGACGGGCCCGGGCUAGUCGGGAUGGGCAAAAUGACUGAUGCUGUGGUCGGGCUGCUCAACGAGCAACGCCUGGCAACGGUGGGUCCCCGAGUGCUGUCCAUGGUGGGGUUCGGUGGCGUCGGCAAGACCACCCUCGCGACGACCGUAUACAACAGCCCAAAGUUGGGUGGCAUCCAAUGUCGCGCUUUCAUUCCGGUGUCCCAAACAUACGACGUUCGUUCUCUUCUGGAGUCCAUGCUGAAACAGCUUUUAGCUUCGGCUAAAAAAGAUAAAAAUGAUGAUCCCCUCAAGAACAUUAAAGACUGGGAUGAAAGAGAUUUAUUUGUCAAGAUCAAACAACAUUUGGCUGACAAGAGGUACUUGAUCAUUCUGGAUGACGUUUGGCGAGCAGCUGCAUGGGAUCAGCUAAAUGUAGCUAUUCCUCGUAAUAAUAAUCAGGGCAGCAUAAUAAUUACUACACGCAGUCAGGAGGUAGCGGAAAAUUGCUGCACCUCUUCCAAUAUCUAUAAAAUGAAUCGGUUAGACAAGGGUGAUUCAGAGAAGCUAUUCUUCAAGACAGUAUUUAAUCCAGGGCAAUGCCCGAUUGAUCUGCUGGAAGUCUCCAAGGUCAUAUUGAGAAGGUGCAACGGUCUACCUCUAGCUAUAGUGAGCAUAGGACGAAUGCUAGCCCGGAGGCAAAACCAGACACCAGCAGAAUGGCAAACAGUAUGUAAUAGGCUGGGUUCUGAACUAGAGACAAACCCCACUUUGGAGGGAAUGAGACGGAUACUUUCUCUCAGCUACAGUGAUCUGCCGUACCAUCUGAAAGCAUGUUUCUUAUACCUGUGUGCUUUCCGUGAGGAUUCUGAGAUCAGAAUAGGCUCUCUGAUUAGACGGUGGGCGGCCGAAGGCUUGAUCAUUGGAAUGUAUGACCGCAGUUUGGAGGAGAUUGCUCAGAUUUAUUUGGACGAGUUUGUCAGUAGAAGCAUUGUCAUCCCUGAAAAGUUUGGCUGCAGCGGCAAGAUUAAGAGUUGUAAAGUCCACGACAUGAUGCUAGAAGUUAUCAUCGCCAAAUCUGUCAAGGAAAAUUUCAUCUCGUUCCUAGGGAGCGGUCAAUACAACACAACAGCAGGCCAUGACAAGGUACGACGGCUCUUCAUCCAUACUGGUGGCACCAAGGAGAAGAUAACUUUUCCCAGCAAGAACAUAGUCCAUACCCGUUCACUGACAAUUCUGGACAGCACUGUGAAACCUGUACCUAUCAAGUUUUCUGAUUUGAAACUUAUAAGGGUUUUAGAUCUUGAAGGAUGUAGAUGGUUAAGCGAUAAAAACCUCAAGGAGAUUUGCAAACUGUCUCUGCUGAGAUACCUCAGCCUUAGAAAUACUGCCAUACCCCAACUACCCAAUUCAGUAGGAAAACUUAAAGAAUUGGUGACACUGGAUGUGAGGGAAACUUCUGUCGUUGAAUUUCCGAAAGGCAUUACUCAGCUCCAGAAUCUGAAUCAUCUACUUGUAGGCAGUUAUGCCUAUUACACGAGGACACGAAGUGUCAAGCAUUUUGGGUGGAGUGAAGGAGCGAAGGUGCCACUUGGAUUAGGGAAUAUGGGUGCCCUCCAGAGAAUCUCUCAUGCAGACAUUUCUACAGAGAAAAGCUCGCGUGCAAUGCGUGAGCUGGGAAAAUUGUGCCAGUUGACCAGACUUUGUGUAGUCAACAUGAAGGAAGCAAAGUUUUGGAAACCCUUUGCUGAGUCUUUGGAUGAGCUUAGCAACUCUCUUCGCUAUCUAAUGGUUGUGGACGGUUCACUGGAAGGCGAGGAGCUGGAAUUCUUAGUACGCCUGAAGAAUCCCCCUCUGUUUUUGCAGAGCCUGCAUUUGAAGGGACGGCUAACUAAGCUGCCUGACUGGGUUUCAUCGCUCAAUAACUUGGCCAGUCUGUCGCUUAGAGAAACUUACCACUUGACUGAGGCAUCCUUUAAGGUUCUAGGGAAACUCCCCAGUCUUGUUUCUCUCAAGCUAUACUGCUGGGGAUAUGCUGGGAGUGCCUUACGUUUUGAAGAGGACAUGUUUCUCCAACUGAAGCAAUUGGUCGUGGAUAAUUUGGAAAAUCUCGAGAAACUCAGCUUCCGUGGGGGUGCACGUAAUCUUGAGAGGCUCACAUUGGCCUUCCUGAGGGUGCCCAGUAGAGGCAUUCAUGGCAUUGGAAAAGAAAACCUGCGUCAUCUAAGAGAAGUUGAGUUCUUCGGCGUCAUUGUAGAGUCUAUCUUUGACCAGGUGUUUGAGGCGGCCAAAGAAUAUCCAAAUCAUCUGAAAGUCACCAGGGAGGAUCGACCUACUACGGAAGCUCCACAAGGACCCGCCCAGCAAGUGGACAACACCGGCCCAGUUAUGUAGGGACGGGGAGCAGUGAGCAGGAGCCAACCGACCAGCAGGUGGAUAUGCCUGCACUACGAUGCGAAGAUGAAGAUGACGAGGCAACACCAGCUUGGCGUGUGCCGCCUUCUACGUGUCCUCACGCUUAUAUCUUGUGAUGUGUAUAACUACAUGCUCUGUAUUUUCUGAACUUAGGUUGAACGAUCGAUUGUUGCGCCAGGUUUUUCGUCCCAUGGUUGUACUAUUACAAAGUGGUAGUUCAACUAGUGGGUUUUCCUGGCGCGCAUCGAACUUGAAUAUCUAUUUUGUUUUGCCUUUAUAGUGCACUGUUUUCUCUGUAUUGGUAAUGAAAAUUGGGUGUUGCCUAUAA